GAAAAAUAUACCAAACCCCAUUGAGCAGUGCUGGAAAACUCCAAAACGCUAUCGAAAGUCGAUAGGCAGGCGAGAAAAAUAACGAUACAGAACGGAACGGAACGGAACCACCCCCAUCCAAGCCCACCCCCAAUCCGCGCCAGCAAGUGGCGAAAAAUAAGCAGCAGCUGAAAACUGGUACGAAGAAGGCAGGAAAUAUGCUCAAGUCGGAGGUGCAGCACCAGUUCUGGAUCACCAAGAAGGUCGUGCAGCGCAAGCUGGGGACGAAGGAGGACAAGCAUGUGAUCUCCUCGGACGCCGAGCUGGACGCCAAGAUCGAGGUGUUCAAAUCGAUAUCGGACACCAGCCUGAAUCUGUGCAAAAUCAUCGACCAGUACCAGGAGCGCCUGUGCAUCCUGUCGCAGGAGGAGUGCGUCUUCGGACGCUUCCUCAAGGAGGCGGGAAAACGUAGCAGGACGACGGGCGGCAGCAUUGCGCACACGGCCAAAGCGGUGUCCUUCGCCGGCCAACAGAGGAUGUGCGUCCGUGUGCCGCUCCUGCGUUUGCAGCACGAGGUGGACGUGUUCCGCUGUCGCGCUGUCAAGGACACGGAGCAGACGCUGCAGUUGAUGGAAAAGGAACGCACCGAAUACCGGGCGGCCCUUUCCUGGAUGAAGUCCGCUAGCCAGGAGCUGGAUCCGGACACGGGCAAGGGCCUGGACAAGUUUCGCACGGCACAGACUCAUGUCCGUGUGGCCAAGCAUAACUUCGAUGGCUACUCCCUAGAUUCCAUUCAAAAGAUUGAUCUUCUGGCCGCCGCUCGCUGCAACAUGUAUUCCCACGCUUUGGUGGCCUACGUGGCUGAGCUGAAGAGCUUUGCCCAAAAGGCCGCCUCCACAUUCCAGACCAUAUCCAAGGCACUGAUUUUGAAACCGAAAUACGACUUUUGUGUGCUGAAGGAGCUCUCCCAGAAUGAAGGAGGUGCAGCCAGCGAGGAAGUGCCGCCGCCCAUCGAGGCUGUGGACAAGGAUCAAUCCUUGUUCUUUGCUAACGAGUACCAGGACAGGCAGCCCAAGGAGGAGACCCAGUUAAAUUCGAAGGAUUCCCGUGAGGAGAAACCAAGCGAACCUGCCACUGCCUGCGGCGACAAUGAAUCCUUGCUGAUUGAGCUCUCCAAGCUUCAGCUGGAGGACAGUCCGCUGCUCGAUGCCUCACUGGAGGAGAACGAGCCAGCCCAAAACACGAGCACCAGCAACAACAAGUUCUGGGCCCGCAUGUUCAACCAGCAGAGUCAACCGCUGCCGUUGCCCAGCAGCACGGCCAUGCCCAGUGCAGGAGGAGGAGGAGCAGCCUCUGCUGCUAUACCUAGCAAAGCUCAGGCCGCCAACAACCCCUGGCUGGACCUGUUUGCUGACCUAGAUCCCCUUGCCAAUCCCCAAGCCUUCGAUCUGAAAAUGAGCGGCGGACGCAGCGUGGCCGAGCAGACAUAAGCUGGAAUACCC